AUGGUGGCCCUGGCAGGCUACCUUUGUGCAUUGGUGUCCGUUCUCUUCUUUGGCAGCAACUUCGCCGACUGGGCCUCGGCGACUCCUGGCGCCAGAUGCAGAAUUAGAUCGGGGAGCAUGCCAAGCAUGAGGUAUGCAUUCACCUGGGCCAAGGUCGUUGCCAAAUACGAUGCUGGAGAUGGCAUGUUGUUUCAGCUCGUGUUGUGCUUGGGUAUCUGGAUAACCGGCCUUUGCGUGUUGCUCCUGCGGGGCAACCCUGCUUUCUAUCCUGUGGCGAUGAGCGGAGGCGCCAUUUGGUGCACUGGGAACUGUAUGACGGUGUACAUCAUCCGGCAGAUUGGCCUUGGCCCAGGACUUGUCACGUGGGGCACCACGGCUCUGAUCAUUGGCUGGCUCACAGGUUUCUUUGGGCUCUUUGGCUUGCCGAGUGAGCAGAGAUGUUUAGACAAGCCUUGGUUGAACGUGGUCGGUUUGGCAUUGGCGAUUGCUGCUUUGGGUGGAAGCACCUUCAUUAGGAAGACCCCAACUCCGAAGCCUCUCCUUGCUGAUGGCGGCCAUACAGAGGAGCCUGUAGACCCUGCAGGCAGAGCCUGGGAGAGGACCAAGGGUGUCCUUGCAGCAUUAGCGGCUGGAACUUGCUACGGUCUCAACUUCUUGCCGUCGACCUGGAUACAAAAUCACGUGUCCGCAUCCUCAAAGAACGGUUUGGACUACGUCUUCAAUCAGUUUUGCGGAAUUUGUGCAACCUCAAUUGUGUAUUUUCUGAUCUACUGCGCAUGGAGAGGGAAUAAGCCCCAAGUGAAUCCAGAGAUCUUUUUGCCUGGCUUCUUUUCAGGAGUGAUGUGGGCUAUUGCGCAGUCCUGCUGGUUUGUUGCUAACGUAGAAUUGGGCUACUCCGCUGCCUUUCCAAUAAUACUGAUUGGCCCGGGCUUCGUCGGAUCGUUGUGGUCAGUGUUUCUCUUCAAGGACCUUCCAAGGAAUUACUUGGUGCUGGCAGCGUACUUUGCGCUUGCUGCCGCAUCCUGUGCGUGCAUUGUAGCCUCAAGGAAGAGCACUUGCACGUAG